GGAACUUGAAGCACGCAGUCAACCACCACCAAGUGCUCGCAAGAAUUAGUUGGUGAUGAUCUCGGCUUUCUUUAUCUUCAACCAGAAGGGCGAGGUCCUUCUGUCACGACUCUACCGCACGGACUUCAAACGUUCGAUAGCGGACGUGUUCCGUAUCCAAGUCGUAUCGAAUAGCGAUGUACGCUCGCCUAUCAUCACUCUUGGGUCUACAAGCUUUUUCCACGUGCGGGUCAAUGGGCUCUAUGUCGUCGGUGUCACCAAGAACAACGCCAACGCGGCAUUGGUGUUCGAGUUCUGCUACCGAUUCAUCAAUAUCUGCAAGUCGUACUUUGGGAAGAUAGACGAGGAGGCUGUGAAGAACAACUUUGUGCUAAUGUAUGAGCUCCUGGACGAGAUCAACGACUUUGGAUAUCCGCAAAACAGCGAAAUCGACACGCUCAAAUCUUACAUCACAACAGAAAGUGUCGUUUCUGGGUCAUCAGCGAACGCUGCGGAGGAGUCCUCCAGGAUCACGGCCCAGGCUACAGGCGCGACGAGCUGGCGACGGGGAGACGUCAAGUACAAGAAGAACGAGGCGUUCGUGGAUGUCGUCGAGGUGGUGAAUCUCAGCAUGAGUGCGAAAGGCAACGUGCUCCGAGCAGACGUCGACGGGCAUAUCCAAAUGCGGGCUUACCUGUCUGGCACACCCGAGUGCAAGUUCGGCUUGAACGAUAAGCUGGUCAUCGACAAGUCGCAGGGUGGAGCGGGCGGCGACGCAGUGGAGCUCGACGACUGCAGUUUCCAUCAAUGUGUGCGUUUGACGGACUUCGAUGCGACCAGAACGAUUAGCUUCGUUCCGCCGGAUGGAGAGUUUGAGUUGAUGCGUUAUCGAUCAACGACUAACGUAAAACUGCCUCUGCGAAUCAUCCCCACUGUCAACGAGAUUGGGACGUCCCAAGUGUCUUAUGCAGUUACGGUCAAAGCAAACUUCAACAACAAACUUUCCGCGACGAAUGUCGUUCUGCGAAUUCCCACACCUCUGAACACCACUGCGGUCGACUGCCAAGUUGCGAGCGGCAAGGCAAAGUACGUUCCAGGAGAGAACGUCAUCGUGUGGAAAUUGCAGCGUCUCCAAGGUGGUCAAGAAUGUACCCUGACAGCUUCAGCGGAUCUGACCAGCACGACGACCCGACAAGUCUGGGCACGACCACCCAUCGAUGUUGAUUUCCAGGUGUUGAUGUUCACGGCGUCGGGGCUCAUCGUGCGAUUUCUCAAGGUCUUUGAGAAGAGCAACUACAACAGCGUGAAGUGGGUCAGGUAUCUGACGAAGGCGGAUGGAUCAUACCAAGUUCGGUUCUGAGCGCAGUGGUCAAGCGUAGCGUAUCUUACCUUAGUCUCAACAAUGCAGAAGCUGUAUCCGGCAAUAUGUUAAUGAUCGGUUGACGCGAGAUUUUGUUGCCCGCGCCCAAUACAUCCUCAUAGAAUUGUCAGUAGAGGACAUCCAGUUCGAGAAAAUCAGAGCACGA